GCCACAUGAGCAGCAAGCACGAAGAUGCAAACCCAUGAGGUAUGCGACGACACUGAGAUUUGAUAUUAGCCGUAUGGAGUUUCGGUUGACAAAGUUGGAGUGAGUUGACCGAGCAACGGAUGGGAUUUCGUAUAUAAUGGCAGGCACGAGUGCUUCUUAGUUACCAGUCUGUGUAAUAACCCAAAAAAACGAGCUGAGUGUGCUCCCCACGGUGUACACUUCCAAGGGACCUGGAUCUGGAGAUUGUUAGCUCUGAAGCAGAAGUGUAAAGACUUGGACGAUUAGAAAUGGACGUUGCACUCACAGCUCGCAGCUGGCUCGGGCAAUACUAUGUAGAGAUCAUUGCAAUCGGGGCGGCAUUGGUGGCUGUGCUGCUUUCCAGGAGCUUCCGCCGUGGAUACAAACUGCCACCAGGGCCUCCUAAGUGGCCUGUGGUCGGACACUUGCUGUCUCUUUCGAAAACAGAACCAGCGCAUCUGAGUUUCACCAAAUUUGCCGAGCAGUAUGGACCGAUCAUUCUCUUGCAGUUGGGAGGUUUCCGAAUGGCGAUCGUUUCAUCUGCUGAACUGGAGAAGGAGAUUCUCGAGACCCACGAUCACUUGUUUGCCUCUCGCAGCAGCAACAUAUUCUCAGACGUGGUUCUGUAUGGCGAAGAUAUGAUUUUUGCACCUUUGGGUGACCGCUUUCGAAAGCUCAGAAAAAUCUGCGUCGUGGAACUCCUGAAUGCGAAACGACUGUCUCAGUUCGAGGAUUCGAGGAAGGACGAAGUGCUCAAGGCUGUGACACGGACCUUAGAAGAUGGGCGAGGAGGGACUCCCGUGAGGUUCGAUCUGAAACUGUCAGAGAUGUCGUUCAACAUCAUGACCCGAAUGAUGUUCACAAAAGUGUAUUACGGUCAAAAGAUGUACAAAAGUGAUAAGGAAGGGCAGGAGUCCAACGAUUUCCACAGAUUGAUGGCAACGGUGACCAGUGUGUCGACCUUCGGAAUCGGAGAUUGUUUCCCCUUUCUACGCAGAUUCGAUUUUGACGGCUACGAGAAACAGAUGAGGGGUCUCAGGUUCCAGUUCGACUCAUUUCUCGACAACGUUAUCGCCGAGCACCGAGGGCAGAGUGCUGACACCAGGAAGGAGAGGAUGGACUUCGUUGAUGUUCUCCUCCAGCUUCAGAGCGACAAGAACAACGAAGCGCACGGAGUUUCGGAUGAAGUAGUGAAGGCUCUUCUUAUUGAUAUGCUCAUCGGGGGAACAGACACUGCAACCAACACUAUUCUUUGGGCGAUAGCUAUGUUCAUGAGACAUCCAGACGUGCUGAAGAAACUGCAAGACGAACUGGAGGCCGUGGUAGGAAUGGGAAGAGUGGUGGAAGAAGCAGAUCUCGAGAGCCUGCCGUACUUCAAGGCCUUCUGCUACGAAUGCUUGAGAAUGCACCCCGGAGCACCCGUCACUGUUCCGCAUACUGCUGUGAAGGACACUCAACUAGGUGGUUAUGAUAUCCCCCAGGACACCAGAGUGAUUGUGAAUAUUUAUGCCAUUAACAGAGAUCCAAAAUUGUGGCCACAGCCCCUCGAGUUCAACCCAGAUAGAUUUAUCAACAGCCCUCUUGAUCACAAGGGUAAGCACUUUCAGUUUCGGCCAUUUGGAACCGGCAGAAGGAUGUGUCCAGGUAUGAAUUUGGCGAUGAUACUCUUUCAACUCACAUUGGCUCAGCUCCUCCAGACAUGUAACUUCUCGCUUCCCAAUGGUAUGAAACCCGAAGAUGUGAAUCUGGAAGAGAAGUUCUCUGCAACAACCCAAAUGGCUCAUCCUCUUGAAGUCAUCGUUACUCCUCGAGUUGAUAUUUCACAUGUACUUAAAGCCUGAUACUUCACAUGUAGCUAGUUUCGAAAAUGAUGUUCCAAACGGGCAGAGACCUCGCCUACUCUGUACAUAUGUUGUCAUUCACCGGCGUGAAUAAUUUUUAGCAAGUCAAUACAAUAUUUUCAACAAGAGCAAUACUGUCAUUAGGACCCGAGCAGCUUUGCUACUCAUGGUCUGAAUACAGAUUUCCUGUCCCUGAGACCGAAGGUAGAUUAGAGAUCAUAUGAUCUAUGGGAUCAAGAUAGCCAAUGACCACUGAGGAUAAUGUAGCGUGGAAAGAACAGGAAACUGGAUGGUGUUGAUUCACACCUUGGCUUAGCCAUAAAGGUCAUUUCUGCGACCUCAUCACAGAUCAGAGUCAAGCAUUAUUUUGUACGUUGGUGGCAUUUCGACCUUACCUCGGCAACCUUAAUAAUAUUUCUUUGGGUUUAGACCAAUAUCUCCGAGUCAAGCAUUGUUAAUUUAUCUCAGUGGCAAUUGGACCUUACCUCGGCAUCCGUAUUAAGAUUUCCCUGGUUUGGAGCCAAUGUCUCCUUGGUUGCCGGUGAGUGCGAUGACACUCGCUCUCUAGUUGCUCUAUGUGCAGUGUCUCCCAUUCAAGUAUUUGGACCACAUGCCCAGUUCCUUGCGAGGAGUAGCUGCAUUCGGCAUCUUCGAACGUUCAGACGACAGCUGCGGAACAUGAGCGUCCGCUCAAGUUGAGGACAAACGUGAAUUUUGGAUCUCGUCAUAAUUAGCUGCAGUUAUGACCGACACGAGCCGAGCCGGCUAUUUUUGGCUAUAUUAAGUUUCCAAGCGAUAAGAGAACAAUACAGUGGCUAACUUACCCAGAUUAGAUAGGUCCAUCGGUAGUGCUCGACAAAGCUUUACGAACUUUGUGUCUGGGCACCUGUCAUCUUUCUGCUAUCUGCUUUUAGCUUUUCUUGGCCUGUUCUGAGCUUUUGCUCCAUUACCAUCAUCAUAGGUUCCCAUCGCUCGAUAGCUAUUCCCAUCAUCUUAAAUGCAGACCAGAAAAACGGGGAAAAAACCUGUGUCAACCAUGUCCACACAUGUAACACGUUACAUGCUGGAGUUUGUAGGCGAUUUGACUUAGAUGAUUAGGAUUACAUAUAUCAC